UAGACGUCGAAGAAGAGCUGCCGCCUCUCAGCAACCAGCAGAGACAUCUCUCUCCUCUCUCCUCUCCUCUGCUCAGCUCUCCUCCUCUCCAUCCACUGCGGAACAUCGGCCUGUUUUCCUCCCGUCCCUCCUCCAGCGGCAGACACCCAGCUCGUCAUGGACAACUCCGGGAAAGAGAAGGAGGCCAUGCAGCUGAUGGCUGAAGCUGACAAGAAGGUCAAAGCGUCCGGAUCCUUCCUCGGAGGGAUGUUCGGGGGGAACCAUAAGGUGGAGGACGCCUGCGAAAUGUACGCCAGAGCAGCCAACAUGUUUAAGAUGGCAAAGAACUGGAGUGCUGCUGGGAAUGCGUUCUGUCAGGCCGCUCGGCUCCACAUGCAGCUUCAGAACAAACUGGAUUCUGCCACCAGCUUCGUCGAUGCAGGAAACGCCUACAAGAAGGCCGACCCACAGGAGGCUAUCAACUGUUUAAAUCAGGCCAUUGACAUCUACACUGACAUGGGUCGGUUUACCAUUGCAGCCAAACAUCACAUCACUAUAGCAGAGAUUUAUGAGUCAGAGCUGGUGGACAUUGAGAAGGCCAUUGCCCACUACGAGCAGGCAGCAGACUACUACAAGGGAGAAGAAUCUAACAGCUCAGCUAACAAAUGUCUUCUGAAGGUCGGACACUACAGCGCUCAGCUGGAACAGUACCAGAAAGCGAUUGAAAUCUAUGAACAGGUUGCAAUGAGCACCAUGGACAAUCCCCUACUCAAGUACAACGCAAAAGAGUAUUUCUUUAAGGCAUCGCUCUGUCAUUUCAUUGUAGAUGAGCUCAAUGCCAAGUUGGCCAUCGAGAAGUAUGAAGAGAUGUUUCCAGCCUUCUCAGACUCCAGAGAGCUCAAACUGUUAAAGAAACUGCUAGAAGCCCACGAGGAGCAGAAUAGCGAGGCGUUCACGGAGGCCGUGAAGGAGUUUGAUUCUGUGUCUCGCCUGGACCAGUGGCUGACCACGAUGUUGCUACGCAUCAAGAAAACCAUCCAGGGGGACGCUGGGGACCUGAAAUAGACACAAUUAGAAGAGGGGAGAGAGCAAAGGGGGGGAAUAGGGGAAGGGGCCAUUGAAGAGAGAAGGAAGAUGAGAGUGGAGGGGAUUAAAUGAUGGGACAAGAGACAGGCAUGUAUCUUAAUGGAUGUGUAAAAGUAGAAUAAAGUAAAGGCAGAAAGAUGAAAGAGGGUGGGAGGUGAAGGAGUUUACAGUUGUACAUAUCAGUCUGCAUGUGACCUGCCCCCCAAUGAGCUAAGCAUCACCUUUAAAUCACCUUAAGAUCACCCUGUGUCUCCUGGUCCUGCAGUAUUGCUCUCGUAACACUGGACAGAAUUGUACUUAAAAGUAAGAGUGGAAAGAAAACGUGUGUGUGUGUGUGUGUGUGUGUGUGUGUGA